AUGGAUAAAUUUGUGACCAAGGAAGAGUUUGGAGAAAUGCAGAAGGUUGUGACAUCCUUAGCCCAAAGAUUUCCUAAUCUUGAGACAAGGGAAAAGACACUUCAGGAAUCAAUUGUCAAAUCUACUGUAGAUGCUCUGAAGAACAUGGAGCAGAAGAGGACCGAUGACACAUUUAAGUAUUUGGAUCGGAUGGAUGUGAUGUUGAAAAUGGUGAAGGAAAUUCAACAGUCCUUUGAUGAUCUCACCAACACCAUGGGCCGCCAACAUGGGAAUGAGAUUGUUCCACAAUCGUUCCAAAAAGUGUUUGACCUGAUAGACGACUUAAAAGGUUCAAGGUUCGUAGAUGAAGCUGGAGAAGAUGAUAAUGUGGUGAUAGCAGAAACUUCUCCUUCUCCCAAGAUAGAUGUGGUAUCCAAACCUCAACCACCUCCUCCACCUCCAAAAACCACAAUUCCUCCCACUGAAUGUGAGAUUCACGAAUCACCACAAUUCUUCUAUGAUGGCAUAUAA